UUCUCUGUAUGUUUCGUGCACAGCAGACUCUCCCCUCUCUCCCUCCCAGUGUGCUGGACCUACAGGCGGCAGGUGUGUGCAUCCACUGUCCGCGGAAGCUUUUCUCACUUAUUUGGGACCGAUGUUGGAUACAAAACCGAGACGAUAACUCACACUGUAAGCACUGUAGCACUGUAAUGUGGCUGUGAGGAUGUUGCAGUGAUAGACAGUACAGCAGCUUUCCCACUGUAUCGCGCUCAGCCGGCAUCGUCAGCUGUUGCUCUAGCCGAGAGUGGAAGUGUCGCGAGCGAACUGAACAAAAAAGGCCAAACUAUGCGACUGACUUUCUGCCGGUAACCGUUUUACAUCUCAAGUCGACCAGGGAGCGGAUGCGAGCAGAGGUUGCCAAGGAGCCUCGGACUAUUUUCUGCUCUUUGUCGGUGCCGGAGGAGCCGUGCCAAUGGAGAAAGCAACUCCGCCGCCCCAGCCUCAGCUCCAGCUGUCGAUAGCGAAGACGGAAAGUCCGGCGGAGGACGUCUCCGGCCUGACCGACGAGGAGCUGCUCAAGUGGGGCAAGGAGGAUCUGGUGCGGCGGCUGAGGCGGUCCGAGGCCGACAAGAUGAGCGUGAUUCUGGACCACGGGAAUCUCAUCCGAGAGGUCAAUCGCAGCCUCCAGCUGCACUUGAACGAGAUCAGGGGGCUGAAGGAUAUUAACCAGAAGCUGCAGGAGGACAACCGCGAGCUGCGGGACUUGUGCUGCUUCCUGGAUGAUGACCGCCAGAAAGGCAAGCGUGUAUCAAGGGAGUGGCAGCGCUUAGGACGCUACAGCGCCAGCAUCAUGCGCAAAGAGGUGUCCCUCUACCUCCAGAAACUCAAGGAGCUGGAGCUUCGGCAGGAGGAGGUCAUCCGGGAGAAUUUGGAGCUGAAGGAGCUCUGCCUGCUGCUUGACGAGGAGAAGAGGGUGGUAGGUGGAGGAAGUGGCGGUGGCGGUGGCGGAGGAGGAAGCAUAGGGGGAGGGAGUGUAGGGAUGGGAGGGUGCCGCAACUCCAUCGACAGCCAGAGUAGUCUACUGCUGGUGCCCGGGCAGGGGCUCCUGAUGAGAGACGUGGGGGACGGGAGCAGCACCUCCAGUGCAGGAAGUGCUGACAGCUCGGAUCACCUUCACCACAAGCAGCCUCACCUGGCUCCAGGGGUGGGUGGGGUUGGGAGCGGUGGAGAGAAAGGGAGCCCGGACCUGGUGCACAAACCCAGGUGUAGCAGCAUCAGUGGAAUAGGAGGCGGGGGAGACAGAGAUGUGUCCAGCCCUGAGCACCCUGCAGGACGCCAUAGGAGUACCAGCCUGGAGUACCCGUACACCCUGCCCCAGCUCUGUCGCCCCCGCUGCGGCUCCAUAUCCGUGCCUGACCACAGUCGAGUCAUGCGGGGCCUCAGCCCGGAAAAAUACGGGCGGAACGUGGGCCGACGCAGUCCGGAGCAGCACCCCAAGCACCACACCUCUGACCUGCUCCUGGGCCAGAGGCAGCACUUCCUGGGUCAGGGGGGCAGCGGGGAGCUCUAUCAGAGGCACCACAGGAGCAGCAUCAGCAGUUUGGGCUGCGGGAGCCCAGAGCCCAGGCAGGCCCAUUUAGGGGCCCCAGAGCACCAUGAAAAGGGAUGCGUGGUCCAGGGGGGCAGCCCUGAAACUCAUAGGCACCAGUAUAGUCUGAGCCCCGACCAUGUGAAGUUCGGCAGCCCGGUGAGAGACGGGCAGAGGAGGCCGGCUGGAGACGAGCUGUCGCCAAACCAUCGGGGCAUCUACAAUGGCAUGAAUGCUUUGAUAUCAGCUGGCUGCUGCACCAACAACUGUAGAAAUGUCAAGCUAUGGGACAGCUUUGAUGCAUCCUCUUGACCCACACCUGACCAGCUAGGCUCCUCAUACGGAGGGGGGGUCACAGUGGUCCAGCCCUCCUGCGUCUCUGGCCUUGAUAGAAACGAGGACCGCCGGACGCCUUCCUCCGGGACUGAGAACGGUCCGUCCUCCAUGGCCUCUUCCAUGCCCUGAAACUGACUGCCUCCAUGUUUUCAUUUCUACAUAUUGAGAGUUUGAGAGACACGGGGGGAGUUUUGGUGGAAAUGCUAGUACGGUUGGUAAAACUCACGAAGACUGCCGCAGCUAAAUGGAUUAAAGUGGAUAUCUCUCCCUUCCAACUGUGACGCGGCUACCUCCUGGAGAGUACCCAGAAAAAAGGGGAGAGACGCUGGGGGUGGGUGGGAGAAGAUGUAGAAGACUGCACUGUAUGUGCCACUACCCUCUGUUUACAAAUGUUACACCAUUGGUGGAGAAGCACAUAAAUGAAACUUUCUAUAACCUGCCGGAUUCAUUUCCCCUCCCUGUUUAUCCGCUCUCUGCCUCCCCUCCUUCAUCUUCAGAGUGUGUAAUGGGACUGGUGUAAUCUAAUGUUCUGUCUCUUGCUCUCCACAUACAGCGGAUCACGUGAUUGCCAAUGUCUUUAACGUUUUCAGCCAUUUCAACUGAAUUUAAAAACAAAAGCAUAUUUGUCAAAGAUGUUCUUGCAAAGAAAAGAAAAAAAACUCUUCCUGUGUCUUAAACCGAGAUGGUCAUCAUUACUAGCUGCUGACAGAUGUUCUAGUUCUAUAAGAUGCAAUGUUCAGGUGUAACUUUUCUUUUUUGUAUUAUCUUCUUUACUCCCUUGAAGCGCUAUAUUGAAGCUGGGGAGAAGAUUAUACGUAUCUCCAUGUUGUUUUUUACAAGGAAGUAAAGUCCAAGUAAAAAGUAGAUUAUUGGAUUAGUUUUCUAUAUAUCUAUAUAUAUAAUAAAAUAUAAUAUGAUUAUUAUUUUUUGACUUACUGGUAUUAGAACUAUUAUAU